GAAAGAAGAGAUCCGGGGUGGAAAUAUGGUCGUUUGGUUAAUGAAAAAGAUUUGAACACCAUCAUAUGCAUUUUUUGUGAUAAAGUAACCAAAGGAGGCAUAUAUAGACACAAACAACAUCUUGUUGGUGGAUAUAGAAAUGCUAAAAAGUGUAAAAAAUGUCCGGAACAUGUUAGAGAAGAAAUGGAAGAGUAUAUGAGUUCCAAGAAAAAUCAAAAAGAGCAAAUGAAUAUGGGGAGCGAAUAUGUUAAUGAAGAUUUGUUUGGUUUGGAAGAUGAAGAUAUUGGUGAGGAGAUUAAUAGUAGAACGAAUGUCACCAACAUUUCUAGUGGAGGUAGUAACCGAGGAGGAAGUGGUGGUAGGACGUUUUCUUCAAAAAAUCCAAGACAAAAAGGUCCUAUGGAUCAUUUUUUCACUCCUAAUGCAGAGAUGGUUGUUCAAAAUCGAAGGAGUGGAAAGAUGAAUCAAACUACCAUCAAUGAUGCCUACAAAAAGGAAGCAAGAGAAAGAGCUUGCAUGCUUAUCACAAGAUGGAUGUAUGAGGCUGCUAUUCCAUUUAAUGCAGUCACAUAUCCGAGUUUCCAACCAAUGAUUGAGGCUAUUGGCCAGUAUGGUGUGGGUAUGAAGGGACCAACUUUUCAUGAGGUAAGAGUUACUAACCUUAAGAAAGAAUUGGCUCUCACAAAAGAUUUGAUGAAAGAUCAUAUGGUGGAAUGGGGGAAAAAUGGAUGUUCAAUUAUGUCGGAUGGAUGGACCGAUAGGAAAGAGAGAACUUUGGUGAACUUUUUGGUUAAUUGUUUAAAGGGAACCAUGUUCAUGCAAUCCAUUGAUGCUUCUUCAAUGAUUAAGACGGGAGAAAAGAUGUUUGAGUUACUUGACAAAUGGGUAGAGCAAGUUGGUGAGGAGAAUGUUAUUCAAGUUAUAACAGAUAAUCACUCAAGUUAUGUGAUGGCAGGGAGGUUGUUAGAAUUAAAGCGCCCACAUUUGUAUUGGACACCAUGUGCUGCACAUUGCCUUGACUUGAUGUUGGAAGAUAUUGGAAAGCUACCAAACAUCAAGAGGACAUUGGAGAGGGCUAUAUCACUAAAUGGGUAUAUUUAUAAUCGCUCAGGGCUACUCAACAUGAUGAGGCGGUUUACUGGACAAAGGGAAUUGCUUAGGCCUGCUAAGACUCGGUUUGCAACUGCUUUCAUCACAUUAUCGCGAUUGCAUGAACAAAAAAACAAUUUGAGGAAGAUGUUUACAAGCUCGGAUUGGUCAGAUAGUAAAUGGGCAAAAGAGCAGAAGGGGAAAACUAUAGCCAACAUAGUUCUAAUGCCUUCAUUUUGGAACACUAUUGUGUUUUGCUUAAAGGUUUCGGGUCCCCUAGUUCGUGUGCUUCGUUUGGUUGAUGGUGAAAAAAAAGCUCCUAUGGGAUACAUCUAUGAGGCCAUGAAUAGAGCAAAGGAUACAAUUGUGAGAACUGAAUGGUGGGCUGCAUAUGGAGCUUCAGCUCCAAAUUUGCAAAAGUUUGCAAUGAAAGUCCUCAACUUAACAUGCAAUGCAUCAGGUUGUGAACGGAAUUGGAGCAUCUUUGAAAAUAUUCAUAGCAAGAGGAGAAAUAGGUUAGAUCAUCAACGCUUGAAUGAUUUGGUGUACAUUAAGUAUAAUCGAGCCUUGAAGAGAAGAUACAAUGAACGUAACACCAUUGACCCAAUUUCCUUGAAAGAUAUAGAUGAUAGCAAUGAAUGGUUGAUAGGGAGAAUGGAAGAUGAGGAUUCUCAUGGAGGUGCACAAGAUAAUUUUGUAUUUGAUGAUGACAAUUUGACAUGGGGUGAUGUUGCUAGAGCUGCUGGAGCUGAGGAGGCUAGGUUUGAUACUAGAGCUAGAGCUAGAGCAAGCUCAAGCAUAAUACCACCAACAAGGGGGAUAGCUUCAAGUUCUAGAACUUUGCCUUCUCAUUCACUAAUAGAUGAAGAUGAAGAUGGAGGCAUGGUUGAUUCAGCAGAUGAAGAAGAUGGAGAAGGCUACAAAUGUGGUGAUGGAAAUGAUGAUGAUGAUGAUGAUUUUGUUGAUUUAGAGGAGGAGUGAUGAUUGCUUGUUGUGGACAAAUUUGUGAUUUAAGUGUUUUUUAAUGAUGUUUUUGAAUUGUGGACAAAUUUCAUGUUUUGGACCUUUAGGUUUGGAAACUUUGGAUUUGGAUAUGUAUUAGGCAAUUAGCAAUAUGGAUUUGGAUUUGUUUUUA